AUGAUAGAAUUCAGUUCAUCUAAUUCAGCGGAAAGCAUGGAUCGUUUGACGUGCUCAAUUUGUAUGGAAGUCGUCCGCCACCCAAAAGAAACUCCAUGCGAACACACGUUCUGCCAGAAAUGUCUGAUGGAUUGGAUCAAAAUUUCCCCAACGUGCCCCAUCUGCAGGCAGCCGAUGCAAGCGAGGGACGUCAAAGACGCACCAAGACGGCUGAAGUCCGAGCUGUCCAGUCUUAAAGUUCGAUGCACAUUUCACUCCAGAGGAUGUGACGAAGAAAUGGAGUUGAAAGAUUUGAGUCGUCAUGAGGAGGUAUGCGGGUUCCGAGGCCCGAAAUGUAGUCUAACAGGUUGCAAGAGACCUCUGCAACAACAAGGGCACAGUGACGAGCCGGUUCUCAAGAUGAAAAGGUUCUGUGGCAAAAGAUGCUUGGAAGAUCACGUGACUCACAACUACAUCAUCGCUUACAGACACUGGACCGAGUGGCCCAAUUUGAGGACACUUUCCAGAAGCUCACCUACUGCGGAGGAAUUGGACAAAAGAUGGAACGUGUUGACCUCAGAAACGACGACCAUUCUCAGAGAGUUGAUGCCCGCCUCUGAAAUAACUGUCGAAUCUAAUUGCAUGAACGUGAAGGGAGCCAUUGAGUCUAUCAACAUUUAUUACACGCAGUUGUUUUCAGAUGAUCCUUCAGUUUAA